CGCGAUGCGCCUCGUCUGUCUGUCCAUGCUCAACCAUCGCCCAGGCGCAGAUCGUCAGCCCACGCCGCGCCACGCUAUGCUCUCGCCAGUCAGCUUCACGACGACACUCCAGAAUCCAACGCGCCCAUGACGACGAGACCGUAGCCGCGCGCGAGUCGACCAGCAUCACAGGCGCCCCGGCGUGAUGUGAAGUAUGAACUAUCGCGGAUCCAUGCCUCCGGGCCACGGGUCGCCGGGCUACAACAUCCCCCAGAACCCUUACGCCCAGCAGCAGCACCACCAGCAGGGUCAGCCAUUCCAACACCAGCAACACCAGCAGCACCAUUUGCAGCAACAGCCUCAACACUUCCAACAUCAGCUCCAGCAGCAGUACCAUGGCCAGGCUCUCCCGGGCGACUUUGGCGCCUCCUAUGGCCAGCCUCAGUUCCAGCAGUCGCAACAGCAAUACCCGCAAGCUCAGUUCGCCGCCUAUGGAUAUAAUCCCCAGGCGCAACCUCAGGCACACCAGGUCCAGAAUCCACUCCCACGACAGCAGCAUGGACGCCCCCAACACCAGCAUGUCCAACUGCAGCAUAUCCAGGCCUCGGGCUUAGAUUACUCGGCUGCAUUCGGCCAGCACGGUGGUCAGUUCCAGGCCUUCGACACACCAUACUCUCAAUCUCCAGUCCAGUCGACACAACAUAUCCAGCCCCAAUAUAACCAUGCCGAGCGGGCAUUGCAGUCACCACAGCCUCUGCAACAACAGCAGCAGCCGCCUCCACAGGUACAACAGCGACAACAAUAUGUCCAGCAAAUGGAUUGGCAACAAAUGCCGCCGCCCAUGACGAGCUCAGUGUCGUCUACCUCGUUCCAGAGCGCGAGCCCGCAACUGCAACAAGACCCUCAUAUACCGCUGGCGAGACCGCCAUACCAACAAUCGCAAGACCAGGGACAGCAAAGGGCACAACAGUCGCAACAGCGAAGGUUAUCACAGGCUCAGUCUCAUUCGCCUCAGAUCCAGCAACAAUCACAGGGUGGUCAACAGAAAGCACCGCAGCGUCAACACUCUCUGCCACAGAUGACUAGCUCACCCUCGAUCGGACAAUCGCCAAAGCUCCCACAGCAAAACAAUAUCAAGAGACUAUCGAGCGCCGGCGCGCGAAUCGACCAGCCAGCGCGAGUGUCUGCCAGCCCACGCCUGCCGGCUCACGCUGGUCCAACCAGAAGCUCCAGCGUCAGCUCUACGCGGUCACCUGCCCCUACUCCGGGCCUUAUUCCGCAUCAUGCAGAUACAAACGCCCUGCUUAUCAGUGUUGCUGAGGAGCUGUUUGAGAACGCGCGAGAGUCGGCGGCUGCACUAGCUGAUUCCAUGGACGCUCCCAGCCUCAAGGAAUACCAGAAGAUGAUGGCGACCGGUCUAGGCUGCCUCGAAGUCGUUUUGGGCAGCCAUAAGCUUGCACCAAGGGUGGAAGCGCGAUUGCAGCUUCGUUAUGCAAGCAUACUUGCAGAAGAAACGAAUAAUGUCAUGGAGGCGGAAACGGCACUUACCAAGGGAAUCACGCUCUGCGAACGGAACCGUUUCGCCGACCUGAAAUACGCCAUGCAGUUUCUGCAAAUCAAAAUGCUCUCGCAGCGCCGUGGGAAGGCUGCCAUGAUCUCUGUGGACGCACGAAUCAAAGACUCCGAAGUGAUGAAACAUUCACACUGGACGUAUGCGUUCCGCUUCCUCAAAGCAUCGUUGUACUUGCAGUCGGCAAACCCCGCAGAAGCACCAGCAAUGGAGAAUCUCAAAGCGUUGUCGGCGCUGGCUGCUCAGAAGGGCGAUCGCGCCGUCUUCGUCGUGGCGACUUUGCUCGAAGGCUUGAGCCUUUUGAAGACGAUGAAAGAGGAUGCCAUCGUCCGCAUUCAGGGAUGCCUUGCCCAGGUGGCCAAGUACCAGCUCGAAGACUCUGUACAUCUCAUGCAGACGGACAUUUUGAUGCUUAUGCUUGAUCUUGCCUGCAGUCUCCAUCAGAAAUCGCCUCAUAUAAUUGCCCAGAAGUACGGGGCGCUGCAGGAGCGUCUCGAUGUGUACCUCAACAAUAAUGACUGGGGGUUGUCGGACACAGAAAUGCUUGUCCCUAUUCGCAAGCACUCGACCAGUCAAUAUGUGAUCAGCGAGGACACCGCUGCGAUAUUGAGGCCAGGCUCGGCCAAAGAAGAUUGUGAUUACUUGGCAAUGUCGUUUUGGAGCAAGCUAGAGGCAUUCACCAUUACAUACACGUACAGCGGGCUGGGCAAUCUUUACAAGAGCUCCAGAAAUGAUAAGAAGAUCUCUGAGCUCUGGGGGGAAGCGCAUAAUCAGUUGGAGAACAAUGCCUAUAAGAUACGCGGAGUUCCGACAUCGUUACCAGAUGCAGUUUCAAAGGCGAACUGGAGACGAGAGCUCAAAGCUUACUUGAACAUUCUUCGAGGGCUGCAUCUGGCUACUCACAGUAAAUGGAAGGAGGUACGGAAGUGCAUUGAUGAGCUGAAAGUGCUUGUCAAGCCUCCGCUCGGGGGUCUUUUGUCUCAAUACCUGCUGUACUUGUCGGGCGUAUAUGCGCAGGGCACGGGAGACCUCAAGCAGGCCAUCAGCCUGUAUAGCCAUGCGAGCUUUGACUUGGAAGCGUACGUCACAACAGUGGGUGGCUCGAAGCAGUCCGAGCUCGAAGUGUCCAUGCUGGCCAUCUUCAACCGCAUAUGGAUCAUGCAGCACCCAUCGUACCGGGACGAGUACGCGACGCAAGAGCUGCUCGAACAGCUGCGCCCUCUGUGCGCCGACAACCCAAACCUGGAGAUCCGGACGACAUACAACCUCCUCCUGGCCGCGAUCCAGACGAACCCACCGAUCCCGAUGACGGCCGUGAAGUCGCACAUCUCGGCGGCGCUCAACGGGUCUAAGAUGCUCGGGGACGUGCAGACGCUGUCGAUUGCGCUGUGCCUGAUGCAGGCCAAGCUCUUUCAGGGCAUUGUGGGCGAGCAGGCGCUCAAGAGCGCGCGGGCGGCGUCGCAGCAGGCGAAGAAGUGCGGCAACAUGCUCUGGAUGAGCGUCGCGGACGGCAUGCUCGCCGUGAGCCUCGAGACGCAGGGCCAAAUCGCAGAGGCGAGCAGUGUCCAUGCCGAGGCGUCGAGGCAGGCCGCUACAGUUCAGGCCGUCAUGUCAGGCCGUGAAGCUGUGUGAAGGGGGGGGGGGCCUUCGAUGUAGGAAAGAAGCUCUCGCACUCGCCGGAUGAGGAAGAAGUGGCGACAUGGACCGCGCGUGUGUAAGGCUGAGAUAUCCUUGACAUUGAGCAUUGCGCCGAUAAAAUAUACAUACACGUGCUAGUGUGGGCUGAGGACAAAUUCUAUGACAUAUUUGAGGCAUACGGCACUGGUUCACUUUUGACGUAACCAGGCUCGUCCCAGGACCAUGAUAUGUCGUCCUGAAGCCUGAGUGUUAGUUGUGAU